AUGAUCCCACCAGGGGAGUGCACGUAUGCUGGCAGGAGGAGGAGGAAACCCAUACAGAAGCGAAGACCCACUGUGGAGGCAGAGAAGUCAAACCCUUCCAAGCGGCACCGGGACCGCCUCAAUGCUGAGCUGGACCACCUGGCCAGCCUGCUGCCCUUCCCCCCUGAUGUCAUCUCCAAGUUGGACAAGCUGUCUGUGCUGCGCCUCAGUGUCAGCUACCUCAGGGUGAGGAGCUUCUUCCAAGCACUGCAGGAGAAGGGGCCGUGGGCCAGUGCCUCCUUACCCGGAACCAGAGACCCUUCCAGAGGGACCCCCGUGCAGGAAGGAAGACUGUUGCUGGAGUCACUGGAUGGCUUCGCUCUGGUUGUGAGUGCAGAAGGCAUGAUAUUCUAUGCAUCAGCAACAAUUGUGGACUAUCUGGGUUUCCACCAGACAGAUGUGAUGCACCAGAACAUCUAUGAUUACAUCCACGUGGACGACCGCCGGGACUUCUGCCGGCAGCUGCACUGGGCCAUGGCACCCCCACAGCUAGGCUGUGGGCAGGCCUUGCCCUCAGAGUCAGAGGAUGCUGCGGUGCUGGGCAGGCUACUCAGGGCCCAGGAAGGGGCUCCAGGCUCGCCCUCUGAGUAUUCAGCCUUCCUGACCCGCUGCUUCGUCUGCCGCAUGCGCUGCCUGCUGGAUAGCACCUCUGGGUUUCUGACGAUGCAGUUUCAAGGGAAGCUGAGAUUCCUGUUUGGACAGAAGCGAAAGGCCCCAUCAGGGACAGCUCUGCCCCCGCAGCUGUCACUGUUCUGCCUUGUAGCACCCCUUCUUCUGCCUCCUGGGGCUGAGAUGAAGACAAGGGGAGCCUUCCUGCGGGCAAAACCCCGGGCAGACCCCACAGCUGCGCUGGACACGAGGACAAGAGCCUCUACAAGCCUCUGUGAGUCCACGGUGCGCAGAGAACCUGGUGCCCUGGCAGGAAGAAGCGAUGGAGACAAUGGCAUGUCUGUGUUCGGGCUACAGAUGGACAUUGGACGCUGGGCCCGGGUUCCAGCCAGGACCCCCUGCCUGUGCCUCAGGGGAGGCCCUAGCCUUGUCACUGACCCAGAGGGGGUUGUGGGGACAGGGCCUGCCAGUUCGAGGGCGCGGAUGCGCAGGGAAGCCCCUGGGGACGACAGCUGCUGCCAAGUGCUGGGACCAGGCAGACUCCUAGACUGGACUCCAGGGAGACUGAAGCUGGAGCCAGAAAGAGCCGCCCCCUUCUCCACACAAGGGGUAUCCCGUGGCCCCUGCCUGCCCUAUGCUGGGGUCCCAGCACUCGCGGAGAAACCUGUGCGCGCGCGCAGUCCAGCCGCGCCUCCGGAAGCGGAAGUGGCCGCGGCCGCUGACCUCCGGUCUGGGUGCUGGGCGGAGCGGCGCGGCGGGCUGAGGAGCCCCUCGGCCUACGGCCAGCGGGCGCGCUCGGACUCUCCUGAGGUGUCGGGCGGAGCCGGGCGGGCCAUGGGAGACCUGCGGGCCGAGGGGACCAGGACAGGGGGACCUGCGGGGAGCGGGACGGGCGAGUCUGAGGGCCGAGGGGAGCGGACGAGCGAGUCUGAGGGGAGCGGGGAGCGGGACGGGCGAGUGCCCUUGGGUCCCCAGAGGCGGGUUCCCGCCGCAGUGUUUGGCCGGGCGGCUCACAUCUCCCGGUCGCUGCUGUAG